UUCGUUCAAUUCGUUCAAUGUCACUGAUUUCGUUUCCUUCAUGCACCCUUUUUGUUGCUGAUGUGUUGUGUGUGGAUUCUAACCCUAAAACUCGAAUAUAAUUCCUGAUAUUUUGUUACAUUGGUAAACAAUUCAAUCAUGAGGGACGAAAUCCAGUCAUCAUGGGCGGACGAAGUCGAGAUAGACCAGGGAGCUCUGCCACCGCCGUCAGAAGUUGUGGAGAAUGGACUGAAGAUAGUCACAGAAUAUAAAUAUGAUAAUGACAAUAAAAAAGUCAAGAUUGUCCGCACAUACAAAAUUGAGAAGCGUGUAGUGUCCAAGAGCAUCGCUAAACGCAAGACUUGGACCAAAUUUGGUGACUCGGCCAGUGACAAGCCAGGACCGAACCCGGCCACCACCAACGUUGCUGAGGAUGUGUUCAUGCAGUUCAUCACCAGCAAGGAGGAAGCCCAGCGGCCUGAUGAUGGACAACUUGAUGGACUGAAGCCUCCAACCAGCAGCGUGAUCUUCAAGUGCCGCACGUGCCAGGGCGAGCACUGGACCCUGAGCUGUCCCUUCAAGAACACGCAGAUGGCGCAGAGCAAGGUUGGAGAGGCGGCCAAAGCUGCAGAUACGAAGCCGGGCGGCACCACCAACAAGUACGUGGCGCCGUACCUGCGCGAGGGCGCCGCGGGCCGCGUGCCGGGCCGCGGGCCGCCGGACGCGCGCCGCGACGACGUGGCCGCCAUCCGCAUCUCCAACCUCAGCAACUUCGCCGUCGAGGCCGACCUCGAGGACCUGGUCAAGGGCUUCGGCCCCGUGCAGAAGCUCUACCUUGCCAAGGAGAAGAGCACCGGUCACUGCAAGGGCUUCGCGUACGUGCACUUCAAGUUCCGCGCCGACGCCGCCAAAGCCAUCCAGACCCUCAACGGCCACGGCUACGACCAUCUCAUCCUCAACGUCGAGUGGUCCAAGCCGCCGCAGAACAAUUAAUUUUGUAUUGUCAGCAUUAUCGUUCCAUUAUUCACAAAAUAUAUUGUAUAAAAUGUA